AAUGUGAAGGAAAGCACUAGCACCAUUAUUUACCCAGAACUGGGUGAAUAAGGAAUGUUGACCUGAAAGUUGGGUUAAAGAAGCAACAAACUAGAACUGUAGUCAAGAAAUUUGACAUCAUUAUACAGCUUUUAAAUUCCAAAGAGACCAGAACAUCUUAGACUAAGGAUGAAGAAUCUAAAUGGGAAGCAGAAAAACAUAACAAACCAAAAAAGCAAGAAAACUUCCCAGAAACCAGGAGUCUCAAAUUCUGGGAAAGACUAUCAGAUCAUACAUAAGAAUUUACGUUCAAGAUGCACUGUGGGAAAUGAAGCCUCAAUUAUCAGACAUAAAAUGAGAAGCUACCAAGUGAAAAACAUGCAGUUUACUUCUAAGCAAAGCACACUCAACAGUUUUCCUCCAGGAUUCUCAAAUUCUGGGGAAAGCUAUCAGAUUAUCUAUAAGAAUUUACGUUCAAGAUGCAUCGUGGGAAAUGAAGCCUCAGUUUUCAGAAGUGCAAUGAGAAGGCAGCAAGCAGUACAUGAAGCCCCAUUUAUAAAAAAACGCCAGAAAGAAAAUCGACAGUAUAUUGAUAACAAAACAUUUGACAGUUUUCCUCCAGAAUUGAAGAGUACAAAGCACUAUGCUGGCUUGAACACAUCCAAAAAUAAGGCUGUCAUUUUUUCUUUCGACAAUGGAAAACCUGAGAUACUUGUUGAAGACCUAGUUGGGAACCAAGAUCGAGGUUUGCUAUCAGUAGAGUUCUUCACCUCUGAAACUUCAGAUGAAGAGGAUUUGUUCCUCCCAGUGGUGGGUCUGAAACUUCGGCAUUCUGACACCGAUUUCCAGGUGCUUGCCAAUGACAAGAAUAUUGAGCUUCACGAAAGUGAAAGUCAAAACUCAGCCCUGAAAAACAAAUACUUCAUUCUGCGCCAUAAGUCUGAGUUAGUUUCAUUCGAGUGCCUCAGCUCUCAAGGACUCUAUAUUGGUGUAGAGGAAGACCAGCUAAAACUUAUGGAGAAGAAAGAUGACGAAGCCUGUAUGUUUCAGCUCCUCACUGAGUAAUUGGACUUCAACUCCUCAGGCUAUGGUAGGUUAAUUGGAUAGAAAUCUAUGAUUUUUUUGAGUAGGUGACCUAAAGAGGGACCCUAAGGAGUCUGAGAAUGACCACCAUUCGCUAGCAAUGGAGAAGGCUUAGGAUCUUGGAGGACUGAUUUCCACACUGGUGGCUGGAACCCUUUUUCAGAUCCAUUACUUCUGUGGGAGUUUUUUUGGUUCUUUUCCUUCUGAUCUUUGUAUGUUCAAUAGAUAUAAUCCUGACUCUAUAGGACUACAGUGAAGUUAAAACUGACAGAAGCAAUGGCCUUUCGAAAUCAGUGAGGGUUACAGGCAAGACCCUGAUCUUUGGGUUUUUUUGUCUACAUGUCAUCAAGACAGACUUGCACACAUAAAGAGAUGGUGAUUAGGGGAUUCUGGAACCAAGGACAAAGCCAAGGCAUUUCCCUGUGAAAUGGGGCCUAUUUCUAAACUACCACUACAAACAAUGUUAAGUUCAUAUAUUCAUGUAGAAAUAUAUUUUUCUUGGUUCCAUAACACUACAUUAUAGCAUCCAAUAAAGAAAAAACAAUGGAGAGUAGGCGUUAACUUGAUCUUCCAUUUUCUCAGACUACUAUAAUAGUUACAUAAAGUUAGUUGUCUAAUUUUAAUAAGAGAGGCGAUGGAUAAAGAGUUGGCCUGGGUGCCUCUGACUCUUAAGGCUGGCGGGCCCCAGGCCAGUCACUUAACCUUUUUGUGCUCUGGUCACCCUUCUAAGACAAUAGGUUGCAGAAAAGGUAGAGGGAGUUUCCUUACCUAAGAGUUUCCAAUGCUAAUAAAAUCACAUGUCUACUACCUGUCCCUAUCCUAACAUUUAUCUAGGCUUUACGGUUUACAUAGAUUACCUCACUUGAUUCCUAUAAUUGAGUCUGGGAAAUGGUCCUAGAGUGCCAGACUUGAAGUCAGAAAAGAAUUGCGUUCCAACUCUGCUUUAGACUCUUACUAGGUAUAUAAACUAGGUAUAUAAACUUAUACAUUUUUAGGCUAUAGUUUUCUGAUCUGUAAAAUGGAAAUAACAAUAGCAUUGAUGACAGGGUUGUUGCCAGAAUCAAAUGAGAUAAUACAA